CUUAACCACAGUAUCUCACAAAUAGUCAUCGUUCUCCUAGCUAAUUGAACUUCAAACAUCAAACGAGAUGAAGGUUAUUUCUGCCAUAUUGCUUGCAACGCUGGCGGUUGCCACCCAAGGAUCCUACGCACUAGCAUCCAAUUGGCCAUCUCACUCUGCGGGAUGGAACUCCUGGAACAACGGAUUGAACGGAUAUCAGGUGGCUUCGUACCCAUACGCUAAAACGUGGGCUUCUUCGUGGCCAGCAGCUGGUUUGUACAGCAACGGAUGGAACGGUCACUAUGGUGCUGUAGAAAAAGUCCCCUUAUGGGGUCAACCUUGGGGAAGCUACGGUGCUAAGACAAUUAUUCCAUCAGCGAAGGUUAAUGCUUGGGAUCAACCUUGGGGAAGCUACGGUUCCGGAUGGGGAUAUGAAAACGUUGCUAAAACCGUUGUGCCUUCGGUGAAGGUCAACUCAUGGGGUCUGCCAUGGGGAAGCUACGGAGCUGGUGCCUAUGGUUGGGAACAACCGGAAGUGAUUAAGACUGUCGUUCCAGUGGCCAAACAGGUCGCAUAUGUGGCUCCAGUACAUGCUGGUGUAGAGAAGGUUCUUGUGCAGCCUAAAUGCUAUGGAGCUGGCUGGGGUUAUCAGAACUAUGCUAAGACCGUUGUUCCAUCGGUGAAGGUUAACUCGUGGGGCCUGCCAUGGGGAAGCUACGGAGCUGGUGCCUACGGUUGGGAUCAUCCGGAAGUCGUUAAGACUGUCGUUCCAGUAGCCAAGCAGGUCGCCUAUGUUGCUCCAGUUGAAAAGGUUCUUGUGCAGCCGAAAUGGUAA